AUGGACUGUAAGACGGAUAAGCAGUGCAAGACCUGUAGCAAGCGGCACCACAGCUAUCUACAUAACGAACGAGUUGAAGAUCCAAAGAAGCCGAACGACAGCAGCCAUCCGAAGAAUCCAGCGCAAGAAACGAAGAUCGAACCCGACAGCGGAAAUCCGGUGGAGGCACGUGCGGUAACCUGCUGUACACAAACGAAGAUGGCGACGAAGCAGAUUUUCCUGUCAACGGCGAAAGUACUAGUGAGUGGAUCCGGUAAUGUGACUACAACAUGUAGAGCGUUGCUGGAUUGUUGUUCGGAGUCGAACCUGAUAACGAAGAAGCUGGCGGAGAAACUGAACAUCAAGCCGUCGGUUAUAGACCCACCGAUAGCGAUUUGCGGUCUUAACGGAAUGACAACGAGCACCAACCAGAUCAUCCAAACCAAGGUAUCAUCUAGGGACGGCAAGUUUUUUGCUGUUCUCGACUUCCUGGUUACCCCUGCCAUCACUGAACUUCCUUCAGUUUUGACAGCGGACGUUCCUAAAAUGUACCGUCAGGUACAGGUGCAUCCAGAUGAUCGACAGUACCAGCGGAUCGUGUGGCUGAAUGACAAGGGCGAAUUGGCUACGUUCGAGCUGACAACCGUCACCUACGGUUGCUCCAGCGCUCCAUAUCUCGCCACAAGAAGCUUGAUACAGUUAGCAGCAGACGAGGGUGAAGAUUUUCCACUGGCGGCGCGAGCAGUGAAAAAGGACAGCUAUAUAGAUGAUUUCAUCACUGGAGGGCGAACGGCUAUCGAAGUCGUUCAGAUGUACGAGCAGCUGAAAGAGAUGCUGAAACGGGGCGGCUUCGGAGUACACAAGUUCUGCUCCAACAGCCCUGAAGUGUUACGAGCCAUACCGGAUGAACUGCAAGAAAAAAAAGUGGAUUUUGAGUCGUCAGAGCUGAACAACACAAUCAAAACCCUGGGCUUGAUUUGGAAUCCCAACGAUGAUUACUUUGCAUUCAAUGUGACGAGCUUCAUCAACCAAGGCACACCAACAAAACGAAUCGUUCUAUCAGAGAUUGGUCGACUCUAUGAUCCCAAAUCUCGCGUUGCUCCUCUGAAACCGGUCACCAUACCGCGCCUAGAGCUAUGUGCCGCACUGGUGCUAGCACAGCUGACGCGAAAGUCGAUGGAAGCAUUACAAGUCAACUUCGAUAGUGUUACGCUCUGGUCAGAUUCCCAAAUUGUCUUGAGCUGGUUGAAGAAAUCACCGUUGGUGCUAAAUGAAUUCGUUUGCAACAGAGUCGUUUCCAUCAUCGAGCUAACGCCGAAUUACGAGUGGCGAUACGUAAGAUCCGAAUGUAAUCCGGCAGACGCAUUAUCGCGUGGAAUGCUUCCGGAGCCGCUGAUAGAGAACGAACUAUGGUGGGGAGGUUCUCCCGAGCUUCGACAGUCCCGACUACUGGAAGAAGAAAUACCUGCCGUUACUGACGAGAACCUUCCGGAGCUACGAACACGUGUUUUCGUCAACAUCGCCAAAGAGCCAGCAUUUUACUUCGGACGUGUCAGCAGGUUCACACGUCUGCAGCGUGCUUGGGCAUACGUCUGGAGAUUCAUCGAUAAUACCCGAGCAAAAGUCAGGAAUAAUGAGCCGCUCUCUGCAACAGAAUUGUCCAGAGCAACGCAAACAAUCGUGAAGCUGGUACAGGAGGAAGGAUUCCCUGAUCUGCUCAAGGAUCUGAAAAUGGAAAGAAUGAAGCGAAACAAUUAUUCUGGGCUAGCGCCAUUCGUCGAUCAAGAUGGCGUUAUUCGAGUCGGCGGACGAUUGAAAUAUUCCCAAAUUCCGUACGAGGGUAAACACCAGAUCCUUCUGCCAGACAAACACCACGUCACCCAGAUUUUGGUUCGUGAGAUGCAUGAAAGGAACCUUCAUGUAGGACAGAACGGUCUAGUUUCCAUUGUACGACAACAGUACUGGCCCGUUAAAUUGAAGUCCAUCGUCAAACAGACAACUAGUCGGUGUUAUGUAUGCUACCGCAACAAGCCUCAACAAACGAACCAGUUCAUGGGGAAUCUACAAAGUUAUCGUGUCACGCCGUCACCAGUGUUCUCCAAAACCGGAAUAGAUUUCGCUGGCCCAUUUGUGCUGAAGGAAAGCGGCCGCAAACCGAAGUUCUACAAAGCGUACGUCUGUGUAUUUGUGUGUAUGUCCGUUAAGGCCGUGCACCUGGAACUGUGUACCGAUCUACGAUCCGAAACAUUUCUUGGAGCAUUACAACGGUUCGUGAGUCGACGCGGCCUUCCUAGUGAUCUUUUUUCUGACAACGGCACGACUUUUGUUGGCGCUGACCACGAAUUGGCACAUUUGAGGAAGCUGUUCGAAGAUCAAAUGCACACCGCGAGGGUAACUGAUUUCUGCAGUGCAAAAGGAAUCACCUGGCACUUCAUACCUCCCAGAAGCCCACACUUUGGCGGGAUCUGGGAGGCUGGAGUUAAAUCGAUGAAGUACCUACUGAAGCGUGUCGUUGGAGAAACUCGAUUGACCUACGAGGAAAUGGCAACCUUCCUAGCCGAAGCUGAAGCUGUAUUGAAUUCGCGUCCAUUGUGUCCUCUUUCGGACGACCCAAGUGACUUGGAAGCCUUGACCCCGUCGCAUUUCCUCAUUGGGCGUCCCGGUCAGGCAAUCACCGAGCCGUCGUAUAGUCAACAGAAGAUCAACAGGCUGUCAAGGUGGCAGCACGUGCAGAGUAUGAGAGAACAUUUUUGGAACCGGUGGUCCACGGACUACCUCCACACGUUGCAGACCCGGCAGAAAUGGAAGGAUGGCGUUCUCGAUAUCAAGAAAGGAUCCUUGGUGUUGCUUCGUGAUGAAAAUCUAUCUCCACAGCUGUGGAAAAUGGGCCGUAUCAUUUCAUUGCACCCGGGCAAGGACGGCAUAGUCAGGGUGAUUACCGUCAAAACUUCCAGCGGCGAAUACCGACGUGCAGUAGCGAAGGUGUGCCUGCUGCCAGAUGUUGAAUCGGACGAUCCAAGGGGGGGUCUAUGA